AUGCUUAUCUGGUCCCAUCAUGGCCGGGCCACUACGACCAUCACCCUCCUCCGGACCCAGCUGAUGUUUGUCUUAGCCCUGGCUGUGCUUCUCUGCCCAUGGGGCCGAGUGACAUGUCAGGGGGAAGGUCGGACGCAGUCCCCCACCCAGGUGCUCCAAGACCUGCUGUCCCUCUACGGAGAAAACAGCACCAUCUCGGUGCCCCAACUGCGCUCAAUGCUGGCCCGCAUCAGCCAGGGUCAGGGUGAAGGGGACAGCGAGAGCAGCAACGUGGCUGAGACACCUACGAUAAACACACCGCCCAAAUCCAACAGCUCCAAGUGCUUGCCUGCAGACACGCUGGCCAUUUACAGCAUCGGCGAGCAGUCCCGGGUGGACGAGCAGGGCUUACGGGAGCUCUGCCCCACCAUGCUGCAGCAGUUGGAUGCUGGCACCUGCAGGGCGCAAAAAGAGGAAGAGUCAAGCGUUGACCCCUCCCCCAGGCCCACAGACGGCGAAGUGUGGGGUUAUGGGAUCCUAUGUGUGACACUGAUCUCUCUGUGCUCGCUGGUCGGGGCCAGCGUGGUGCCCUUCAUGAAGAAAACCUUUUACAAGCGGUUACUGCUCUACUUCAUAGCCCUGGCCAUUGGCACGCUGUACUCCAACGCCCUGUUUCAGCUCAUCCCAGAGGCCUUUGGUUUUAACCCCAUGGAGGAUAUGUACGUGUCCAAAUCUGCGGUGGUGUUCGCCGGCUUUUACCUCUUCUUCUUUACCGAAAAGGUCCUCAGAGUGCUUCUCAAACAGAAAAACGGGAGCCACGGUCACAGUCACAUCCCCGACACGGAUCGGUACUCGACGCCCGACGGCGAUGUGGAGGAGGGCGAGAAGGAGAAGCUGCAGCAGAACGGAGAAGCCAGCAGUCUGGCUCUGGGGAAGGUGGACGCAGGGGAGGGCGAGCUCAUGCUCAGUCCUGCUCAGACACCACAGGACUCCCAGAGCCCGGACAGCGGGGGGCGGCCCGGCAGGGGCGGCUGCUAUUGGCUGAAGGGGACGUCCUACUCCGACAUCGGCACGCUGGCCUGGAUGAUCACGUUGAGCGAUGGCCUGCACAACUUCAUCGACGGCCUGGCCAUCGGCGCCUCCUUCACCUCCUCCGUCUUCCAGGGCAUCAGCACCUCCGUGGCCAUCCUGUGCGAGGAGUUCCCCCACGAGCUCGGAGACUUUGUGAUCCUGCUGAACGCUGGCAUGAGCAUACAGCAGGCUCUGUUCUUUAACUUCCUGUCGGCGUGUUGCUGUUACCUCGGCAUGGGCUUUGGCAUCCUGGCCGGCAACAGCUUCUCCCCAAACUGGAUCUUCGCCCUGGCAGGAGGGAUGUUCCUCUACAUCGCUCUGGCAGACAUGUUUCCAGAGAUGAAUGAGGUGAGUCGGGAGGAAGAGGACGCCGGCGGCCGCAGCUUCCUCCUCGUCUUCGCCAUCCAGAACGCCGGCCUGCUGACGGGCUUCGCCAUCAUGCUGCUCCUCACCAUGUACUCUGGACAGAUACAGCUGGGUUAGCGCCGGACACACCAGCUCUGACCGGCGUGAAAUUCAAAACUGAGAUGUUUUUUUUGUGGAGGGAACUUUUUUCUUCUCCUCUUUAUCUUCCUCCCGUCCUCGGUGUCCAGGACAGUUUGGCUGCUGUGCGGCAGGUACGCACACGUCCUCUAUCAAAAAAAUGUUUGAGUAGCGGAUCAUUCCGAGUUCUCUCAUGCAGUAGAUCCCGGGCAGAGCGGGAAGCAGCCUUCUUUUUCAUGUUUUAUCGACCUUCUCCCUUACAGCUGCUCCCUCUAACGGUCCAGAAAUGUCACCUGAAGUUAUGGCUCAGCCUGCAGAGACGACUUAAAGACUUUUUCCAAAAACUGACGUGCAAUACUUGCCCAGUCACUCAAAACUUUUUCCUCUAUUCUCCAGACUACUGAUCAGCCAUUUUGGCUCCGGAUCUUGUAUUUUUUUCGUUCCCCUCGGUGGAUGUCAUUGAGCCUAAAGUGUUGAGAAUCACAAGAUAAGGAGUAUUUAUAUCACUAAUCCUUGUGAGAAAAGCACAAUCAGGUUACAGCAGCUGUGUCAUUGACAUCCUUCUCAUCCAGACUUUAACCUACUGCCCUCUUCCCUUUUUUUUCUUUUUCAUUACAUACCAAAAACAAAUCGUUUCUGAACCUAAACUGGAAUUUCAAUUGACUUCAAACUGACUUCCAGCUGGACUUAAUUGUUUGUGUGUUGAUGUUAUAUUUUUUUAUGUGUGAUAAACAUGAAACCGGACUUUUUGAAGACCAAAUAUGGGCAGACCAUUGAGAAUGGGGAAGGGCUACACAGCGACGUUUGGAAGGAUAAACUUUGUUUCUCCUCAGAAAGGCAUCUUCGUCCUGCAGAUAUAAAUCCCCUGAAGAAGCCUGGAUCAGUUAUGUAAAGCGUCAAAAGUCCAGAGUUUGAUAUUUUACAUCAGACGUAGCAACACGUCGACGUUUCUCCACGUAGUUUACCAUCUGUGCCCUUCAUUGAUAUAUCAUUGAAUAGUUUUUUAUUCCUCGUAUUCUUGAGCUCAAAAUACAAAUCCUUGGUCUCAGCACAUCCCACAGGCUAUUUUUCCCAGAAUGAUCUAUUCUUUUACAGUUCAGUAAAAGUUUAACUAAGAUGAAUCAUAUAUACAGGCACACUUCUCCUACUUUUAUGUGACCUGAUCCAUAUUAAUCACACAUAAUAAUGAUAGAAAAAUGAAGUUAUAUACUGUAUCUAGUUCUCUAAAGUCUCUCAGAGUAGCUCUAUACGGCCAAAAGUAUGUGGACAAGCUUGUAUGCUCGUUUGUUUUGGUGUUUCAUGGUUCGUUCCUCUCAAAUACGUCACAGAGCUUCUGUAAGCAUCUGUUUUAAUGAAAGAUAUCGUUAUCCUUGUUCUGAAGGCGCUUACUGAAUCCUUAGGACUCGUCUAACCAUCUGGAUGCAGAAAUAUUUUGUCUGCAUUUUUUUUAUCCCGUUUCCCAGGUUGCAGCACAAGCUACUGCUAAGUAUGGCUUAGACUCUUUAGUUCCAGUGAAGAGAAAUCUGCAACCAUUAGUGGUUUAAUCGAUUCGUCGAUCACGUAAAAAUUAAACGGCUGCUAUUUUGGUAAUCUAUUAAACAUUUUUGUAAAAAAAUGAAGCAAAAAAAUGCAAAAAUACACGUUACAAUUACUUAAAUGUGAUUGUUUGCUGUUAUUUUUUGGCAUGUUGGUCAAACAAAACAACAACAAAAAGACUUCCGAUAUGUUAUGGAUCAGGCAAUAAUCGAGAAGUUAAAGUGGAAACAGACAACUUUUUUACUAUUUUCUAUAGCCGUUACAGUCUGCAAUCAAUACUUACUUCAUACUGACAAGUUAAAGCAACAAAACUGUUUAUUGACACUUUAAUCAAUAACAAUAAUAGUAGUAAGCUUUCUGCAUUCCUAGAAAUUUAGUUCGUAUGCUGCAACGUAAAAUAAUACGUUAGACAAAAGGCUUCCAACUUUGUAUAAACAUUUUUCCGUUUCCUGAUGAUCCUCACAGAACGAGAUUCCAAAAUCUGCUGCGAAGCGUCUGCAUACUUUUGGCCAGUAAAAAAAACGGUACAUGAUCUGUAAUGGUGAUUGUUUAUCGGAGCGUUUCGGGGGAACCGUUGUUGCUGUUUGUCAUAUUGUAAACUACAACAACUGUGACUACUGUUAAGGUUGAAACAGACAUUCUCACCAUAGCAACGUCAUCCUUUUCUGCUGCUGUUGACGAUACAAAUCACUUUUGUUGAUUUAUAUUUACUGAUAUCAUACUGCUGUAAUCAGGAGUUCAGGAGUGCAACGAUUUUUCUCAACACAGAAUAAGUGAUGCUUUACCAAAAUAUACUUUUCUGAAGAUUUAAUAUUAAAAUACAAUAAAUGCUGUAGGUUAUUAUUUAUUAGAUAUAGAAACUGGGAGCCAUGAUUGGCUGUCACAUUGUAAAGACCUAAAUGUUCUUGUUAUUCCUGGAUGGAGAAGGCAAGCUACUACAACGGGUACCAUGAGGUACAGUAUUACUGCUGCUUGAUAUUUAAGAUGUAUGAGAGUUUAUGCAUUGUUGUUAGAGCCAUAGAAUAUUUAUUUUAUGCUUUACAUCCAAGAUGAAAUAUUCAGUUGCGGUUUACAUCACAAGCCAUGAAAGCAGACGAAAAAAUUCAGUCUUUUUUGUUUGUUCUUUAUCUUUGUUUCAGUAUUUUAUCUUAUUGCAUUGCACAUUUUAACUGUAUGUGAAAAACUGAAGUCGGAGCAUAUAUACACACAGAUAACUGAAUUUAUGGUAACUUAUGAUAAUAUUUUAAGGGUUAGACACAAACCAGUAAAUCAGAAAAUAAAUCAGGAGCACACGGACAAUAAGAGAUUAUUGGUGGAAAAACACAAACCUCUCAACAGAAGUGUCCCUUUUUUUUCAGCGUAAAAUAACCAACCAGUGUUUGACUCUUCUGGAGAUUUGGAUAAUUUAUUAAUGUGCUUACAGACUUUAAAUUUUUUAAAAGAAUAUUGUACCUAAUGUUAUCUAUGGGAAUCCUCAUCAGCCUUCUCUGUGUGUCAUGGAAAUCUUUUUUUUAUAAACAUUCUUUUCCAAGAAAACUGGGU